GAGCCGGACGCCGAGAGACAGACAGAGAGAAAGGCUCAAGAUGGAAGGAGGUGCGUACGGAGCUGGCAAGGCUGGCUCUGCUCUGGAUCCUAUCUCUUUCCUCAAACAACCCCAAACCAUUCUCCGCGUCCUCAGCUGGAUAUUCUCCAUCGUUGUAUUUGCUUCUAUAGUGAAUGAAGGCUACGUCAAUAAAAGCAGUGAAUAUCUUUACUGUGUUUUCAACAAAAACAACAGCGCCUGCAACUAUGGCAUUGCCAUCGGCAUCAUAGCUUUCUUUGGAUGCAUCCUGUUUCUUACCCUGGACCUCUACUUCCCACAGAUCAGCAGUGUAAAGGACAGGAAACAUGUUGUACUCGGAGACCUGGGAUUUUCAGGACUGUGGACAUUCUUGUGGUUUGUUAGCUUCUGUUUUUUGGAAAAUCAGUGGCAGAUGACUUCAUCAGAAGACCUUCCCCUCCUUCAAGGAGCUGAUGCUGCUCGCGCUGCCAUUGCCUUCUCCUUCCUUUCCAUUUUGUCCUGGGCUGGCCUAACCCUGAAGGCAUGGCAGCGGUACCGUUUGGGAGCUGACUCAUCUCUCUUCUCCCAAGAUCACUUGGAUACUGGCCAUCCUCCAUACAGUACUGGAACUGAGAACACAGAAACCUUCCAGAGCCCACCGUUUGCUGAAAACCUGGACACAGUCUCCACAGGAUAUCAAAUGCCCCCAUAUUAAAGGCUGAAGGUCCCCCUCGACAUGUAGAAAUACAGUAUCCCUUAUGUUGGCCUAGAUAGUUUUCCAAUCCAGCCUAUCAAACAUCAAAUCUGUUCAUUGCUUCUGUGUAUCUUCCCAGCCCCUUUACAUUGUUCAAGUUACUAGACUGAAGUCUGUCAAAAAGUACAAUAUGCAGAACAACUGUGUGAGCAUACAAAAAAAACAUUUUUCAGCACUUGCAGAUGAUUUUCAAUGGUGAAGGAUUUUUUAAAGAUGCAUUGGAGAUUUGAUAUUUAAACUGAAACCUAUGUGGGCCAAUGGAAAAGGGAUACUGUAAUGCAGAUAUUUUAUCUGUGGUGCAGUGUUGUUCACUGGUUGGUUAGCUGCAAGAGUACUAAAGUGCUGUUGAAGAUCAUUAGGCUUUUCAUGUGCUAAACUGAUGUUAGAUUCCCUUUAUUUAGAAAAUAGUGCGGUGUACUCACUAUAUUAGUGGUAUUGUCAUUCUUGUAUUAAUAUGUAGUAUGCAAGUUGGAAAGGCAGCCUCUUCCAGCAACAAAGCAUCUAUUUAGUGUUUUUAGGAACCCUCUUCAAUUUAUUUGAUGUACCUGUGAGCUCACGAUUAACUGUUCCACAUGACGUGCCAGGUUUUCUAGCUGUGUUUAACUGUAUAAAGCUUUAACUUGUUAAAUGUUCAGAGCUAAGUGGGGAUGUGAAUUUAGUCUGUAUUCCUGCUUCAAUUUAAUUGCAUAGGUCCAAAACGUAUAAACAUGAUUAGAACAACUUAGAAACAAGUCAGCUGAACAUUUGAAUUGGUACCAUGGAAAUAUUUUAAAAUCCUGUUUUAUACAAGUGAUUGCAGAUGUCUUAUAAUAUGAAUGAGUAGGAUAUUACUCAACAUCGGUAUUGGUUGUAAUCUUAGUAAAAGCUUGGCUGUCCUUCUCUAUAUAACCCAACAUUUAUUGUGUGUCUUUUGUAUAGUAACCUCAUUCUUAAUGUAUGGAGUUGGACAUGAGCAAAUUUAGAAUGGAUAACUAGAAGGGGGAACUCACUGCAUACAAGGAGGAGGGUCUUUUAAACCUCCCCAGCCCAGGUGCACCCAAACUGUUCAUUGAGCCAACGCAUCAAAGUCUACUUGAACUUUUCUGACUAAGAACAUCAGAAUGUAAUUAAGUACAAGUCAUUCCAUUUGCAGUGUAUGCCUGUACUGCCAAUCAGGUAAGUCUAGACUUACUAAUUGAACCUUAACCUUUUCACCAGCAUAAAACCUUUGUAUACAUUUAACAAAAUAAUGCCAGAGCAACAGGAAGUGCAGUUCUGUAUUUGUUAUGAUCCCUGUAGGGGAACCAUGAACCAAAAUAUCCAAAUUCACUGAAUGACCCCCAAUUGAAGAAAUUGCCAACAAGAUUUCACUUUUUGUAGUUUUUACUUUAACACGAAUCUGAACUAAUGCAAAUUACACCUGAAUUCACAGGCAAUUGGUACUUAAAAUAAAAAGGUAAAUUUCACUUUAAAUAGUCGAUACAAUAGAUAUGUCUUACAUAACAGUGAGCAUUCGCAUCACUCACCCCGCACAAAUGUGACACUACGUAGCUACACAGUACCACAUAUUCUGUUCCUUAACCGUGCAGGCAAGGUCAGGAGUCCUAUCCAGUAACAGAUUUCACCUUCACACUUCAAGGGUACAAUUGCUAUCAGCAAGGCAUGUUUCUAUGAACCCUCCUUCCCUCAAGUUAUGACAGUCCUGAUGGUGUAGCUUUCCAGCGUUCCCUUUCAACUGACCAACCCAGUUCAUGGUUUGGCCACUUCUGGGAUAACACCAAAUUCUUUAGCAUGGCUGAGCUAUUUACACAGCUUUCCAGGUUUUAGACCAUUUUAGUCAGUUCUCACUGUAGCUCCAAGAGCUCCUGUCUCCUUUUCUGCCAAACAGAAGAAACUCCAUUCUCAAACAUACUACAAAGUUUUUGUUUUAUUGAUAACUGGUUCCUUUUUUUUACUUUGACAAAGCCAAACUUCAUAUACAUCCUUUGACUGCAUUAAUGUUUUAUAAAGGAAAGAAACACACCACUGAAAUGGUGGAUAAAGCUUGAUUGUUUUUACGUAAAAAUGAUUAAGAACGUGAUAUCCCUGUAUCGGUAACUGUUAGCACGUUAGCCAUAAUGACUGCUAUCCAUUCGAAGGUACAAACCGAUGCACCACCAUCUCCAAUGCCUAUAAUCCAAAUCCCAGGGGGGAAUAAAACACAGGAAAAUAUAUGCACCAAUCUCAGGAAAUAUUUUAGGAGAUUUCGCCCUGACUCCAUGAGGCAUUCAAGUGAACUUGAGAAGCCAUUGGCUACAGAUAAAUACAUCCAUAAAUAAUAUACCUAAAUUCUUUAAGCCGUAUCCUUUCCCAUGUAACAGCAUAUAUUGGAACAGGGAUUGUAGAAAAGCAUCCUUGUGAAAGAUCACAGACUCCUAACCCCUUUGUCACCUGAAAUACCCUUCAUGGCUAUUUAUGCCAAAAAUUUGUGGUUCACUCCCUUUGGUUCCACUGUCAUCCUGGAUAAGCCAUUCCAGAUAUUUCUGCACAAAUAAAUUAUAAUUAACUGUGUUUAUACCGUAUCAUAAUUGUGCAUUCAUGUUUUCUCAUUUAAUCUGAAUCUAAGCCUCCACAUGGCAAGUUCGAGAGACAAAAUGCUUCUCUGAGGGGAGAAAAAACCUUUAUAAGAGUUGAUGUUGCAAAUUGAAUUUGCAAUAAUCAUCAAUUAAUUUGUGUUUUGCAAUAACUGCUUCCACUUAUAAAUUUACUAAACCUUCUAUCUGAUUCUUCCAUAUUAAUACUGCCAAAUUGAAGAAAAUGCAAUACUCUUAGCAGUGAUACCAAUUAUUGAUGAAUAGUAAGCAUAAACUAACUAGUUCUGCUUGACAUGAAGUGAGCAGUUUACCUGUAAUUACAUCUCAAUUUUGUAGUUUCAGAAACUAGGGGAGAAACAAUAGUAGUGGGAAAGAGUUGUCAAGCAGAAUGUUAGCAGCAGUGAAGUAAGGGGAAAGUUUGCUAAGAAACCAACAUAGAAACCUAUUUCGAUACGAAACCAUUUUUAGACUGCAGCUGGAAAGUGCCAGUAACAAUUUAUAAGGUUUUAUUUUAAACAAAGCAGCAAAUUAACAUCACAGUGAGAUUUGAAAUGAAUAGUGGUUAUUAUCCUGCCACAGCAUUUAUUCCUUAAUUUCAUUACCUCGAGUAAAUUUGUGGACUUUUUUAUAUCUCUGUCAGUUGAACACGUUCCUGGAGCAACGCGACCUACAACUUAAUGCCGUAAAUUAUCCUGUUUGGUGUCCCGAUAAUCCUGUUAUGAACUUACUCCAAAAUUCUCUGGAAAAUAAUAAUAUGUGAUUGUAAUGGCAAUCCAGGGAUCUCCAAAGCAACCCAGUCAAUGGCUUACCUCAUCUGCAUUAAUUAAGUAGAUUAAUAUUGGCAUGACCUGAGUCACAGAACCUUAAAUCCUCUCACUGUACUGAACUUGAUCGUUUACAGAGAUAUGGAGGCACCUCAGUUACUGUAUUCAGUUUUCAGGAACAUUCUAAAUUACAGAUUUUUUUUUUAAAUUUAGAAGAUGGGACUAGUAACUGCCAAAAAAGUGUCCAAUUAGAUAGGGGGAAAAAUUAGACAUUGUUUGCCCAUUUCUUGGAUGUGAAAUGGAGGCAAAAAUGGUCCAUUUUCUGGCACUAUAUCCCACACUUCAAUGACGUCUGAAGUACAUCCACAUUGGUUCAGGUCAUUGUCAGGCAAAUGUGCCGACUGCCAUAAACAGCUUCAGGCCCCUUGCAUAUGCUAAUGAGGGGCUAAUACACUUUUAAAGACUUCUGUCAAAAAUGGUCAGACACCAAGCAGAGCAAGUUUUCCAAUUUCCUCCACAGCCUAACCAGCUCCGUUGAAGGGAGUACUAGAGACCAUUAAUGUUAAGACAACUUUAUUAUUUUAAAGUUACUUUUGUGUGGAACCAGAAUGAGCAGCAGUGGUCCUGCUGGCUUCACGGCAUAAGUGCGGGCACUGCCAUCUCCUUGCCCUCUCCUCCUGUUCACCACCACUGCCUCCCAGAACCUACCUGAGGACAACACUGGUGACACCAAUGACAAAAUUGAUGCAGCGGCAUGUUUUGCUGGGUUUUAGCUGAGUUAAAAAUAUCAAGAGCAGAGAUUUUAUUUCACUUUAAUCAAUUACUUUGAACUGAUGUAUUUAAAUACAUUCACCUGCACCAUAAUUUUUCAGUUUUAAGUGGUAACAAUGCCAAGAAAUAUGCAAUCGCCACUGAUUUAACUGGAACUAGCUUUACGAAAAUCACUCUUAUCUGGCUUCGGUGAGGGUGGAUCAGUGCAAAAGUUCCUGGAAGAAAUGAUGCAGCCUAAAUAAUAGCAUAAUUCACUUACGCCUUAAUUUUCUGGUACUUUUACAAUGUGAAAGAGACCCAACGCCAAGAAAUCUUGGGCCAUUUGGUAUGGUAAAAUUAACUUGCUCCAGAGUCGGCCUACAAAUGAACAUAAAACACCAUCCUCAGGUUUGGAUCACAUUAGGGGAGAUUCAGUGAGUCACAUUUAAAUUGAUGCACUGUGAAGAUUAAUUCAGCUCUCCCAUCAUUGACUCCAUGUCCCAGGUACAUUGAAUACAAAAUGCUUAUCCUUGUUUACAAAUCCCCCCCACAAACCCCACUCCACUCCAUCUCUGUAGCCUCCUCCAUCGGCUUUUUCCAUUCUGACGUUCUGUGUACUACACCUUUCCUCUACUCCAGCAUCAGUGGCAGAUUACUGAACUCUGAAACACUCUCUAAAUUCCCCGUUUGCCACUUUCAGAAAACUCCUCUCAAAAUCAAACUCCUUGACAUUUUGGUCAAUUCCAUUGAUUCCCUACUAUUGCCCAAUGUCUUAUUUCGCAAUCUCCCCCCACCCCCUCAUUGUCUUCUGUUCUGUGAAGCACCUUUGAGUAUUUACUACAAGUGCUAUGUAACUGCAAAUCAUUGAUAGCUACUUGAAGUUUCUUUUGCUUAUCUUUAAAUUUCAUUUAAGCAGUUUACCAUAGUGCCAAAAGAAAGUCAAUGCACUUAAAGGCAAUUUGAAUGAACAUCAACAAGAAAUGUUUGUCAUAGCAGACAAAUUCUCGGGGGUAAAAAACUUCUGCUGUGUGUUACACUUAUCUCAUUCUGGAUACAUAAGUGCCCAUUGGAUAAAUGUAACAAAAGAAGGUAUUUUUUUCCCUUGAUGACCUCUCAUUUGUACAGUUGUGCUUUUUUUUAGGUACAAUGUGUUUUUGUACAGUGUUCUCUGAACUCUUUGUUAUGUUUCUUGUGUAGAUGGCUGACACGGGCCACUAAGCAAUUGUUGUCGCCAAACUCAUACACUUGUUGAUAUUUUACAUUUGAGUCCAGCUUUGAUGAGUGUAAACUUUUUUAUAUCCCUGCACAAUUGCUUUUCAAACAGCGAUGAUGUACAAAUGGUCAUAUUGCCUUGAACAACUUUGUAGCUUCACUUCUUAAACUUAUAUUGGACCCUUUUUUUAUUUUAAUUGUUUUGAGUAAGGGUUUCUAUUUUCAAAUGAAUAAACUGAAGUUACAAUUUUGCAAAGUACCACCGGUCUUAACUAAAAAGUCUGUUGAAACUGUGCAAUGAAUAUUCCCACCGAUAAUUCAGUAUUUAAAAAAAAAUUAAGGUCUCUUUGUUUAAAAAAAAAGCAACCAAAUGAUCAUUUCAUAAGUAGGAAAAUAUAUUAAACAAUUAAAACCCAAAAGGAGAUUCCAAUGAAGCAAAAUGGUGCACUUUGUAGUAAACCUCUUCACUGAAGUUCACAUUCAUAAAGUAUGGUACAGUAACAGUGGUGUUUAUACUGUGUUUUAAAAUAAUGUACAAAAUGAGUGAUGUAUGGAAAAAGUAUAAAAAUUUAAAAGUGAAUCUACUGUAUUUACAUCUUUGUUUAUUUGUUCUCAAAGAACAACGUUCUGUUUUUGUGAUUAUCAGUAACUUUGUGCCGGUGUACAAUAAAUUCUCAAUAAAGAUGUGUCAGUGCACAUGAA